CAAAGUUAGAUGGGUAUCUCAGUCAAAGAUGUUAAUGCCCAUGAGUUCACCAAAGCUCUUGCUGAUUUUUUGAAAAGGACUGGUAAAGUCAAGGUUCCUGAAUGGGCAGAUAUAGUGAAACUUGGCAGAUUCAAUGAACUCAGUCCUUAUGAUGAAGAUUGGUUUUACAUCAGAGCAGCAUCUGUUGCUCGCCAUUUGUACAUCCGUGCCCCCUGUGGUGUCGGAGCUCUGACAAAAAUCUAUGGAGGAAACCAGCGUAAUGGAACAACUCCCAGUCAUAACUGCCGUGGCUCAAGAAGUGUAGCUCGUAAAGUCCUCCAGGUCCUUGAAUCACUUAAGAUGGUUGAGCAGGAUGCCAACACUGGUGGUCGUCGUCUGACAGCCCAGGGUCGUCGUGAUUUGGAUAUAAUUGCAAUAUAA